CGAGCCAUCGAGAACACAGACUUGCUAACGCAAAGGGAAGUCACUCUCACACUCUGGGCUAAAGUUCAAAGAACAUGGCGUCUGCUAGAGAAACUGCAAGCAAAAGACAAAUAAUAGACGACCAUGAGGUUGACGGAGCAACAGUUCUAGCACGUGCGCUCAAAGAGCAGGGCAUACAGUAUAUGUUUGGUAUUGUGGGUGUUCCUGUAUUUGAGAUUGCUACAGCAGCCCAAGCAGCAGGCAUCAAGUUUAUUUCAAUGCGUAAUGAGCAGGCAGCUUCCUAUGCUGCCUCUGCCAUUGGGUUCCUUACAAGAAGGCCAGCAGUAUGUUUGACAGUGUCAGGUCCUGGAGUUAUCCAUGCCUUUGCUGGGAUGGCCAAUGCACAGGAAAACUGCUGGCCUUUAAUUGUCAUCGGUGGGUCAUGUGACAGGAACCAAGAGAGCAUGGGAGGAUUUCAAGAAUACCCACAGGUGGAGCAAGCCCGACCAUAUUGUAAAUUUUCAGCACGGCCAAGCAGUGUUGAUAAGAUUCCUUUCUACAUUGAAAAGGCUGUCAGACAGAGCACAUUUGGACGUCCAGGAGUUUCUUACAUUGAUUUGCCUGGAGAUAUGAUUGCUGGAAGAGUACCUGAGAAAUCUUUAAGAUUUAUACACUCUUGUCCUUCUCCACCUCUAAUGUGUGCCAGCAUGAGCAGUGUUGUUAAAGCUGUUGAUCUGCUGAUUGGUGCCCAGAAGCCACUUAUUGUAAUUGGCAAAGGUGCUGCCUACUCAGGAGCAGAAUGGGUUAUUCGUGAUCUAGUGGACACAACUCGCCUACCUUUCCUUCCCACACCUAUGGGUAAAGGUGUUGUGCCCGACAACCAUCCCCUGUGUGUAGCAGCUGCCCGUUCCAAGGCAUUGCAAGAGGCAGAUUUAGUACUUUUGCUUGGAGCCAGAUUGAACUGGAUUUUACAUUUUGGAGCCCCUCCACGUUUUCGUCCAGAUGUCAAGAUUAUUCAAGUGGAUAUAUGUGCAGAGGAAAUUGGCAACAAUGUUUAUCCUGUUGUUCCACUAUUGGGGGACAUCAGUGCUGUUGUACAACAGCUUCUAGAUGAGUUCCAGAGACGCACAAAACAAUUCCAGUUCAGUGCUUCUUCCCCAUGGUGGGAAACAUUAAAUGCAAAAAUUAAUGAAAAUCAAAAGAAUGUGGAGGCCAUGUCUGCUGAUCAUUCUGUGCCUCUCAACUACUAUGCAGCAUUUUCGGAAAUACAAAAAGUCUUGCCCAAGGACUGCAUGAUUGUUAAUGAGGGGUCUAACACCAUGGAUAUUGGACGAACCAUGAUGCCCAACAUCUUGCCACGACACAGAUUGGAUGCAGGCACAUUUGGCACUAUGGGUGUUGGAAUUGGCUUUGCUGUGGCUGCUGCUAUAUGGUGUCGUGACUAUGCUCCUGGCAAGCGUGUAGUUUGUGUUGAAGGAGACAGUGCCUUUGGUUUCUCUGGAAUGGAGAUUGAAACAUUGACAAGGUACAAUCUUCCGGUGAUAAUUAUCAUACUCAACAACAAUGGAAUUUCUUUUGGACUGGGAGAUGAAGCAUGGGAAUCACUGGCUGAAGGUGAUCGCACUCUUACAAUUCCAGCAAAUGCUCUAGCUCCAUCAACUCGAUAUGAAAAGUUGAUUGAGGCAUUUGGGGGUACUGGAUACAUAGCAAGAACUGUUGAUGAGCUGCAUAGUAGUCUGAAGGAAGCAAUGGCAGAUACAGAGAAAACCUCCAUAGUUAAUGUUAUGAUCAAUCCUAUGGCACAACGCAAGACACAGGAAUUCUUUUGGCUUACAAAGUCCAACCUGUGAAGUAAAAUCUUUAACAAGUAUACAAGUAUACUGUACUCAAGGUUCACUGAACAGAUAUUAUUAACAUAAGUGUUGGCGGAUUGCAAUGAUUUGAAAAUGAUGUCAAAUGUUCAGUCAUGUUCAUGGCCACAAUACAUGGAUUAGAGUUGCACUGCUGAAACGUAUGCUUCUUAUAUACGUGUAAUGCGGUUAACCAGUUCCAGAAGAUUAAGUGGCAUUGAGAUUUAAUCCAGUUAACCAUGAUUAUUUUUAUGCCUGAUGGCAUGUGACAAAAUGCUUUUAAAAUUGUUUUCAUUAUUUUAUUAACGACAGUUUUAGUAUAUUGACUGCAAAUGAUGCCCUUAUAAUGAGAAUUUUAAAACACUGUAAAUUGUGAUUUUUGUUACAUCAGUGUUAUCCCUUUUUUAUUGUCUGGAGGUUAACAAGGUCGACAUUUGGUCAAAUUGUCACUGGUUCAAAGCCUAUUAUCAAACUGCAGCUGUAAAACUGUAACUUCUUUUCGCUCAGGAGAAAUGGAUGCCUUUGACAUGCAUAUCCUAGAUCAGUGAAUCACCGCACAUGUUGACUAGGCUACAAGACCACUAACCUUAAAAUAAGUUGGUCAUCUUACAAUGAACUAAAAGGAAUUUUUAUCUUCAUAAAAGCCACUGAUUAAUUCAGUGUAUGAUAUUAAUGUUUGGGAAUUAUCAAAGCAUUAAAUUUUUGUGUUUAUAUGAAACAUAUUCCAGCUUACAUAUAAGCAAUAUUUUUAAUUCACCAUGAAUAAAUAACAGAGAUAUGUUGCAAACACAAAUCUAUUUUAUAUGAGAAAUUAUAGUGUGUCAAUUUACAGCAUAGUCUAUGGGAGGAAAUACCAAGUUUGAGGAUUAGAAAGAAAAGAUGGUGUGCAUAAUGUGUAUGUGUAUGUGUGUGUCAGGGUGGAUGGGUAGAUAAAAAAAUGCAUGUGCUUGCAUGCAUUCAUACAUGGACAAGUGCACUCAGAUAUUGUAUAAUCUUGUAUACUUGAGGGAUGGAAGAAAAUAAUCCACGAUUUUAUGGACAAAGUGUUGGAUGCAAUCAAUAAAAUUAGUAAGAAUUGUGAAAGAGAUAGAAAAAAGUAUGAGCUUGGUAUUCAAGGAAAAUGGCAGCUUGU